UGUGCGCAGGUCCUCUGUUUUCGCAGUGACCUUGCUCGAUUUACAGUUCAAUUUCGUUAUGUUAACUUGACCAAACCGUGGGCGUCUUGAGGGAGGCGGGUGCUAAGACUAACAGUGGGCGCUGUGUUGGUUUGCUUUGAUUUCAAUGAUCGCAGGUAUCCAGCCGGACCAGCAGCGCCUCAUCUUCGCUGGGAAGCAGCUCGAUGAUGGCAGCACCCUGGCCGACUACACCAUCCACAAGGAGUCCACGCUUCACCUGCUGCUGUGCCUCGUCGGCGGUAACAGGGGCUCGUGCUACUCGUGCCAGUUGGAGCCUAGCCUGCUCGCCCUUGCGCUCAAGUACAGGCAGCACAAGCUUGUGUGCCGCAAGUGCUAUGCACGCCUGCCCCUCAGGUCUACCAACUGCCGCAAGAAGAAGUGCGGCCACAGCAAUGACAUCAGGCCCAAGAAGAAGCUGCGCUUCCACUGAAGCAUUGGAAACAUGACCCAAGUGACAUGCGGUAGCUGGAUUAACUGGGAGUUCAAAGUUUGGUUCGAUUCU